AUGUCGGUGGCGUUUUCAUCUGCACGUCCUAGGACCAAAGGGGAGGUGACACCGCAGACUAUUCAAAAGAUGCUAGAUGAAAACCAUCACCUCAUACAGUGUAUAAUGGACUACCAAAGCAAGGGCAAAACAGCUGAAUGCACACAAUAUCAGCAAAUCCUGCACAGAAACCUUGUCUACUUGGCCACAAUAGCAGAUUCAAAUCAGAACAUGCAGUCACUUUUACCCGCUCCUCCCACUCACAACAUGGGAAUGAGCCAGGGCAGUGGACACACUUCAGGUAAUGACAACAUGACAUCAGGACUGACCCCCACAUCAAUGAUGCAGAGUAAUGGCCACAACCAAACCCCCAUGCAGCAGCAACAGUCUGGUCAGGUGCCCCCUACUGCUCACAGCACAUACGUCCACGGUGGGCACCCUUCCCAAAGCAGCAUGGUGCAGGGCCCUGGUCCUGCCUAUGCCUCCUCCUCUUCAUCUGCAUCAUUCUCCUCCCGCAGCAACCUCAACAUUCAGUCAAACCAAGUUUCCAUGAUGCACCAGUCGGGCACUCCUCACUAUUCCUCAGCCCAACUGGGGGGGCAGCACUAUCAGGGACAGCAGGCCGUGGGUUUAAUGGGGCAGGGAAGUCAAGGCAACAAUAUGAUGUCCCAGAGGCCUAUGGGAACCUAUCGCACAUCACAACCAGGGUCUGCACAGCAGUACAUGGGAGAAGACAAGGUCUACGGAGAGCAGUAUAGACACACUCAGAGCUCCAGUGAGCCCAUAAACCCACAGUAUUACCCAGAUGGUCAUGGGGAUUACUCCUAUCAACAGUCCUCCUACGGAGAACAAUACGAGAGGUCUUUUGAUGAAUCCUCACAGCAUUAUUACGAAGGUAACUCUCAGUACAGUCAGCAGCAGGGCCAGUAUCAGCAGGGCUCUAGUCAGCAGUCUUUUGGUCAGCAGCAGUACUCCUCACAACCAAGCUAUGGCGGACCUCCUCAAGGAUACGGACCAGGCCAAGGCAGUUCUUCUCAGUAUUCUCAGUAUCAACAGGGUCAGGGCCAGCAGUACGGCUCCUACCGCUCAUCCCAGGGGGGAGGACAGGCCCAAAGACCGUACUCCUAUGAACAGGGUCAAUACGGGAACUAUCAGCAAUAA